GCUGAGGCUCCUCUUCGACCAAUAAGAACGAGCAGUACGAUUCUCUCAUUAGCAUACACACCUCGCUGUUUUGCAUAUCGCUUCAGCAGGCGCCGGGAUUUGGGCGAGUUAAGCGCACACGCAGUCCGCGUAUUGUGUGCAACCCUAGAAGGCAAAGGAAAGCAAGCAAGCAAGCGGGCGGGCGGGCGACCGGGCAGUCCUGGUAAAGCGAAACGGCCGAGCCGAGAAAGAACUGGCGAGUGCGUGUGCCGGAAUGGCUGAAGGGUUAACUUCCUAGGAGAAGUGCGCUUACCUACGGCGGCGUUGCAAAAGGAGCUCGAGAAGAACUGUAAUGGCAGAUUCCAACGGGGCACGUUUUUACCUGCUGCUGUGAGAGAGGACUGACGACAGUCUGCCGCCUUUCCGUGGGGUUGGAAAGAAGAGAGGAGAGGGGGCUGAAACGUCGGCUCUUCGCGCGGCGGGACGCCGCUGAGAGGAAGGGGAAGGGAACGAAGAGGAGGACGCUUGCUCCGACCGAGGGUUCGCCGAGAGGUGGGAAAGGAGGCAGCCAGCCAGCCAGCCAGCGGCGCCAGAAGAAGGACGCGGAGCAGCCCCAGGGCCCGGGCGGGGCGCGCGCGUACGGCACUUGGCCCCCUAUCCCUGAAGGGACCGUCCCCGGCCGGGCGAUGCGCGGCGGGGAGCUUUUGGCCACCGCCGCGGCGACAAGGAAGAAGAGUCUGCCGAUGCGCCGCCUGGCUCUGCUCGGUUUCUUCGCCUGGGGCUUUGGCUGUUUGGCUGGGCCCAGCGAAGGAGCUUCCCUUUCUCCGUGCCCGGUUUCCUGUAGCUGCGAUGGGGACGGAGGGGUUGACUGCUCCGGGAGAGGGCUCGCCGCCGUGCCCGAUGGACUCAGCGCCUUCACCCAUUUACUGGACAUCAGUAUGAACAAUAUAACAAGAUUACCAGAGAAUGCCUUCAAGAAUUUCCCUUAUCUUGAAGAGCUACGGCUGGCUGGCAAUGACCUUGCUUUUAUUCAUCCAAAAGCCUUGUCUGGGUUGAAAGAACUCAAAGUUCUCACUUUGCAGAACAAUCAAUUGAAAACUAUUCCUAAAGAGGCCAUCAAAGGACUCAGUGGAAUACAAUCGUUACGUUUAGAUGCUAACCAUAUUUCAGCUGUCCCAGAAGACAGUUUUGAGGGUCUCAUUCAACUACGUCACUUGUGGCUGGAUGAUAACAGUUUGACUGAAGUUCCUGUUAUCCCACUCAGCAAUCUUCCCUCACUGCAAGCUUUAACUUUGGCUCUCAAUAAUAUAGCCCACAUCCCUGACUUUGCAUUCAGAAAUCUGUCAAGCCUUGUUGUCCUGCAUCUCCAUAACAAUAAGAUAAAAACAUUGGGACAACACUGUUUUUAUGGAUUAAACAACCUAGAAACUUUGGAUUUAAAUUAUAACAGCAUGGUGGAAUUUCCAGAAGCAAUUAAAUCCCUUCCGAGCAUUAAAGAAUUGGGAUUUCACAGUAAUUAUAUUUCCAUGAUCCCUGAUAAUGCAUUUAUAGGAAAUCCGCUUUUAAGAACAAUACAUCUGUAUGAUAAUCCUUUAUCCUUCGUUGGGAACUCAGCGUUUCAAAACUUAUCAGAUUUGCAUUCCUUAGUUAUUCGUGGAGCCAACAUGGUGCAAUGGUUUCCUAAUUUAACAGGGACGAUCAAUCUGGAGAGUUUAACUUUUACAGGUGCCAAAAUAAGUAAUAUUCCCACUGGUCUGUGCCAUGAGCAAAAGAUACUUCGGACUUUGGAUUUGUCUUACAACAAUAUAAAAGAACUUCCACAUUUUAAAGGUUGCAGUUCCCUAGAAGAAAUAUAUUUGCAGCAUAAUCAAAUUGAGGAAAUCAAAGAAGAUACAUUCCAGGGACUAACAUCUUUGCAUACUCUUGAUCUCAGCAGAAACCUGAUCCACCGGGUUAACAAGGAAGCAUUUACUACGCUCAGUGCUAUUACCAACCUAGACUUGAGCUUCAAUAUGUUGACUUCAUUUCCAACUGAAGGUCUGAGUAGAUUAAAGCAACUUAAGCUGAUAGGCAAUAUUGAACUGAAAGAAACAUUAUCACCAAAAGACUUCACGAAACUAAGAUCUUUGUCUGUCCCUUAUGCCUACCAAUGUUGUCCUUUCUGGGGUUGUGACUCUUAUUUGAAUUCCAAUACUGAAGAUCCCAGCCUCCAAAAUCAGAGUCAAGAAAUCAUAAAUGAUCAAAGUGCACCAGAUGUAGAUGACUUAAGUAGCGCUGAAGUGAAAGAACCAGGUCAAACAGUAAUCCACUGUACUCCCACAACAGGUGCUUUCAAGCCAUGCGAAUACCUACUGGGAAGCUGGAUGAUUCGUCUUACAGUCUGGUUUAUUUUUUUGGUUGCCCUACUCUUCAAUAUACUUGUCAUCUUAAGUAUAUUUGUUUGUUCUACUUCACUGCCUUCAAUCAAAUUGUUCAUUGGCUUGAUUUCUAUCUCUAAUUUACUGAUGGGGAUCUACACCGGUAUAUUAACUUUCCUGGAUGCAGUUUCCUGGGGACGGUUCGCUGAAUUUGGUAUUUGGUGGGAAACUGGCAAUGGUUGUAAAGUGGCUCAGUUUCUGGCUAUAUUCUCUUCAGAAGGGGCAAUUUUUUUCCUUUUGUUGGCUACUAUUGAGCGGAGCUUGUCUGCCAAGGAAAUCAUUAAAAAGGGUAAAAGCAGCCAUCAAAACCAUUUUCGAAUUGCAGCCAUAUUUGCAUUCUUGUGUACAUUGAUGGCAGCAUGCUUGCCAGUCUUCCAUAAAGGAGAAUAUUCUGGGUCACCCCUUUGCUUACCUUUUCCUACUGGAGAAGCCCCUUCUUUAGGCUUCACAGUUACCCUUGUGCUCCUUAAUUCAUUAGCCUUUUUGCUAAUGGCUGUUAUUUAUACAAAACUUUACUGCAAGCUAGAAAAGGAAGAUCUCUCCAAGAACAAUCAAGCUAGCAUGAUUAAACAUGUUGCUUGGCUCAUCUUCACCAACUGCAUCUUUUUUUGCCCUGUUGCAUUUUUCUCUUUUGCUCCACUCAUCACUGCAAUCGCCAUCAGCCCUGAAAUAAUGAAGUCUGUCACUCUGAUAUUUUUCCCACUGCCUGCUUGUUUGAACCCGGUUUUAUAUGUGUUCUUCAACCCCAAAUUCAAGGAAGAUUGGAAGUUACUGAGAUGGCACAUCACCAAGAGGAACGGGAUUGGAACAGUUGCUGUCAAUACGCAAACUGGCUGUAGGACUCAGGAUUUCUACUACGACUGUAGCAUGUACACACAUUUGCAAGGUAGCUUGACCAUGUGCGAAUGUUGUGAGUCACUUCUUAUAUCCAAGCCUGCACCAUGUAAACAUUUAGUAAAAUCUCACAGUUGUCCUGCUCUGACUGUAGUGCCUUGCCAAAGGCCUGAUGGCUGUUGGUCAGAUUGUGGUACACAGUCUGCCCAUUCUGAUUACGCUGACGAAGAGGACUCCUUUGUAUCGGAUAGUUCAGAUCAGGUGCAGGCCUGCGGGCGAGCUUGCUUUUAUCAGAGCAGAGGCUUUCCGUUAGUUCGCUAUGCCUACAACACCCCGAGGAUUAAAGACUGAAGGGCUUUACUGCAAGCAAUCCAUAUGCUAAAAAGGAGGAAGCACGAUGCUUCAUAUAUAGACCAUGCCUGUUUCAUUCUUUCAUCUGAAAGCACUUUUAUUAAUCAUUGUAUGAUAUUAAUUAUAAAUAAGGGAUAUAGGCCUAAGUACCGUGAGCUAUACAUUUUAAAUAAGAGCUGUUGCUUCUUUUGUAAAUAAUUAGAAAACCAAAAUUUGUAAUCCAUUUUUAAAAACUUUUUUUCCAAGCAAGUAUAUAUUAUAUUUGAAGCUUAUUUCCAUGUUACGCAGUUUAAAUUUCAUUUUUCUGUUGUGAUAUGGAUCCUGAUAACUUUUAUAAAUAAGCACAACACAACAGAAUAUUAUAGGGUUUUUUUUUGGGGGGGGGGGUAUUUUUGGAGCUGGGCAAGGGGGGCUGUUGCUAACUUUUGUAUAGCAUUUUUGACUGAAUCUCAGGACAAUUUACUGCAGGGCCAAAAGAUGGGAAUAUUUUUCCCAUAUGCAACUGUGAGAUAAAUACAGGCAAAACAUUCUUUUUUAGGUCAAAUUAUGGAUUAAUUUGUCUAUAAUUAAAACUAUUUAUUUCAGCCAAAUACUUAUCACCCCUAUAAUAUAUUCUGAGUAAUUUGGCAUAGUAAUUUUUAUUUUGAGAGUACUGCUUGAAAACAGUUUGAAACUGAUCUUUUGCAUACUUAAGUGGACAUCAAACUCAGGUUUGCUGCACUAAUAUUUAACCUCUGUUGAAAAUAUAUGCUAUUAGAACAUUCCUAUAGUCUUGAGAUUCACUUUGGAGUUCUGCCAUAACAGUUGUUUCAUAACAGUUGUUUCUCGCCUCCAAAAAGGGGAUGUUCUGAUCUACAUGCAUUGGAAAAUGGAUAUAUUGGGAGCAUUCUAAUGCCUGUUUAAGUAAUUUUCACAAAGGCAACAGAAUACUCCAUGGUCCUAUAAUCUUAAAUGUGCAUGUUGGGUUAUAUAUUAUUUUGACAGCAAAAAAAAACUAACUCUACUUUGUAUAGAUGAAAAUCUUUUUAUUUUCAGUGAAACUACAGCACAUAGUAGAAUCUUCCCCAACCUGGUGCUCUCCUGAUGCAGAUUAGUAAUUCUCAGAUACACAUCUGGAAGGUACACAGCAAAGUCUGAGAUAGAAUAUACUAACAGAAUAGGUUUUAUAAGAGUAAAAGAGGCUGAGAUGUUCCUAAUGUAGAGACAGAACAAUGUAAGGUACCUAUACUAAGGAUCUUCUAUUUCAUUGUAAUGUUACAGUAAUGUGAAACCAGGUUGACUUUCCUUAAAAGGGGAAGCAAGGAGAUGCACAGAUCAUUGCAUUUUAAAAUUAACCUUUUUCUCUUAUUAUCAAUGCAUAAGCUACAUUUUUUCAAACAAAAUGUUAAAUGAGAGCAAUUCUACUGCCAAACCAGAAAUUCUGGCACAUAUUUUAUUAAAUAACAUUAGAAUUGCAGUGAUGAAAAUUAAACUGUACAUAGUGUGCAUAAAAAGAAUUUUUCUUGGUUUGUAAAUUAUUUGAUAGAACACUUGAUGGGAAAUGUGGCUUCAGUACAUUUUGUUAAUUAAAGCUACCUCCUGAAAUAUAGAAGCUGCCAGUAGCAGAAUGUUUAAAUUGUGGUUUAUAUUUUUUUCCAUUGUAAAUAAACUUCAGUUGUAUAUUGUUACUGUAAUAAAACCGGAAGCUUUGUGUACCAAAAUUAAUUAACUUGUACAAAAUAUAAGCUACUAUCAUUCUUGUAUACUAUAAUUUUGUAAACCUAAAUUGUUCCUAGUAAAAUCAUAGAAAAAAUGAAAACAA